ACAAAUAAAAAUAAGUAUGAUAUGACAUAACCUCAAACCUUGACUUAACCUCACAAAAAAUUACAAUAUAUAAAAAAUUUUGAAGAAAUUGCGGAGAAUGCUACGAUUACUAACAAAAUUGGAUAAAAAUAUCCGAAUUGUAAGCAAUUUCAACAAUAUAUCAUCUUUAAAAAUUAAAGAAUCAAAUUCAAAUCAACCAGAAAUUUCUAAUAAGCGAAAUAAUGAAAAUGAAGAUUUCACAACGAUAUAUAAAUUUCCUCACAUAACGGCUUUAAGCACAUUAAACAAAUUAAAAAUUUACCAUACAUUUGUAACAGUCUUAGGAAUUCCGGGAAGUAUUAUUUUAAAUCAAGCCAAUUUAAUUCAAAGCGAUGCUAUUUAUAUAACAUCAGCCAUAGGUAUAUCUGGAUGUUUAGUUUUAUACAGUUUAAGUUAUUUAUCAAAAGAUUUUAUUGGAUUUCUUUAUGUAAGCAAAGAUUUUAACCAAAUAAAAGUAUCGUCAAUUGAUUAUUGGGGUAAACGGAAAGAUGAAAUUGUUGAUGCUCAAGAUAUUGUUCCUUUAUCUGAUUUAAAAUUUUCGGUAACAGAUGGGAUGUACUUUAGGUUAAUGCGUUAUUCAAUUCCUAAAAAAUAUUGGAAAAUAAAUACCCGAUAUGGUGUUGUUUUAGAUAAAAAAAAAUUUGAAAAAUUUAUUCAAUAAAAUUAUAACAAACAAUCUUUAACAGCUAUUCGUGUUACAACUGAAUCAAUUAAAUCGACACAUUUAAACUCCUCGUCACCUAUUUUAUAGGCUUUACAAAGUGCUUUUGUAUCACACAAAUCUUGUAAUUUAAUAACAUCAGUUUCAUCUCCAUCGAUUUCUUUAAAAACUUCCUCUGAAUUAUCAAUGUCGUUUGUGAUAACUACAACUAAAAGGUCGGUUUCUUUAUCAUGGAUUCCGAAAGUUUGUAAACUUUGAGUAAUAUUCUUUGAUAUUGAUAAAUUAAAAAGGAUUUCACUGUA